AUGUGCCAGCUGACGAGCCUGGGCCUCAAGAAGGUCCUGAAGGAGCUCGCCGAGCUGGACAAGAAGCCCAUUGAGGGAAUCAAGGUCUUCCCGAACGAGGAGAACGUCGCGGACAUAUCAGUGGAGCUUCAGGGGCCGCAGGGUACCCCCUACGAGGGCGGCCUGUUCAAGAUGCGGCUCUCGAUCGGACCGGACUAUCCGGACUCAGCACCCAAGGGGUGGUUCACGACGCGCAUCUUCCAUCCGAACGUCCAGCCGAGCUCCGGGGAGAUCUGCGUGAACGUCCUGAAGAAGGACUGGAAGCCGGACCUCGGCGUGCGACACGUGCUGCUGGUCAUCCGCUGCCUGCUCAUCGAACCAAACCCGGACUCCGCGCUCAACGAAGAGGCCGGAAAGCUGCUCCUGGAGGACUUCGAGGAGUUUUCCCGCAGGGCGAAGCUGAUGACGCAGAUCCACGCGAAGCCGAAGACCGUUGCGGCGGGGGACGCGAACGGCGAGGGGACGGGCACUGCGACGCUGGCGGUGGCGGCUGCGGGGGGCGACGGGAGCGUGCCGUCGUCGCCGGCCCACAAGAAGCACGCGGGGGCGAAGCGCGACGCGAAGAAGAAGGCCGCCAAGCGCUUGUGA